UGAUAAUGCACCGUGCUUUGACAACGUACCUUGACAACAUACCUCGAAAAUGUACCGGGCAAUGUACACCUUGCCUUGUGGUAUGAAACGUAGCUACGUUGUGGAGGGUACGGGCAGAGCCGGACUUUGCGCCGUCGUCGAAAAGUGCGAGCUAUAAUGUGAUAGUACGGUGAAUGAUAAGCAUCAUGGGUGAGCCGAUGACUAGAUAUAACGCGACCCUCCCGUCAUAGAUGGCAACCUUCUCUUUGUUCCAUAAGCUUAAACCUUCUUCUAUUCCCACUUCAACCUACCUGACUAUUGUACAUUUUUUUUGAAGCAGCGAGCCAGCUGAGACUAUAUCCAAGAUGCCUAUGUUCGAAGAUUACGAUAUCGCCCAAGCCACUGAGAUGCAGGAGAAAAAGGCUGCUUCUACAGCCAACUCCAAUGGCAACUCCAAUGGCAACGCCAAUGGACACUCUAACGGCAAUGCCACAGACUCAAACUCCUUGCCCAUUCCUGGAGAUGAUGGUGAUGGACCUAUUGAGGUUCCUGCCUCGAGGUCGUCCGUCUCUGAAGCAGCAAAGUACAUGCACAACUUAAGCAUGUCUCCCUCUAUGAAGGAGAGAAGAGGCUCUCGUAACUCCUUCGGCACAGCUCUUCCCAUCCCCCGAUCGAAGAGACAAUCGCGACUAUCGUCGGUUCACUACCCCGAUGGAGAUGAGACCUUCGGCCGCCCGACACGCCCGGGCAUGCCACCCAUCCAGGCCUCUCGUGCUAUCCUAGCUUCCCAAGUUCAGAGCGUCGAAGUCGAGAAGGUCAAGAAGGCCAAGAACAUGGCUUUCGCUUUCGACAUCGACGGUGUCCUUGUCCACGGUGACCGACUCAUUCCCGAGGGACGUCGUGCUCUGGAGAUCUUGAAUGGUGACAACGAACUGGGCAUUAAGAUUCCCCACAUCUUCUUAACCAACGGAUCCGGAAAGCCCGAGAAGGCUCGUUGCGAGCAGCUCUCCAAGAUUCUACAGAACCCCGUCGACACAGAACAAUUCAUUCAAUCACACACUCCCAUGAGCGCUCUCGCUGAAUACUACAACACCGUCCUAGUCGUCGGCGGCGAGGGCUACAAGUGCCGUGAAGUUGCCGAGCAAUACGGCUUCAAGGACAUCGUCGUCCCCAACGACAUUGUUGCCUGGGACCAGUCUAUUGCACCUUACCGUGUGUUCACGCCUGAGGAGCGAGCAUCUUCUCGGCCACGAGACUUCACCAAGACCAACAUCGAGGCUAUCUUGGUCUUCUCUGACUCUCGAGACUACGCGACCGACAUGCAAAUCAUCAUGGAUGUACUACGAUCCGAGAAUGGUCGUCUAGGUACUAUGGCUAAGGACCCCCUCUCUCAACGCGUCCCCAUCUACUUCUCGCAGGGUGACAUGUUGUGCCCCACAGAGCACUGGACACCUCGCAUGUCUCAGGGUGCAUUCCGUAUCGGUCUCGAGGCCAUGUACCGGGCCCUGACCGGAAUCGACCUUGAGCGUGUCGUUUACGGCAAGCCCGAGACUGCUACAUACAAGUACGCUGAUGAGGUUCUCACCUCGUGGAUGGAGCAGCUCCACGGCGAGGAGAAGCUUCCGGAAAACAUCUACAUGAUUGGUGACAACCCGGCCUCUGACAUCAUCGGUGGCAACAUGUACGGGUGGAACACAUGCCUCGUCCGCACUGGUGUGUUCCAAGGCGGCGAGAACGACGAGAACAACCCAGCCAACUUUGGCGUCUUCCCCAAUGUUCUGGAGGCAGUCCAGGCAGCGUUAAGGAAGGAAUUGGGAGACGACUUCAAGAUGCACUUCGACGACCGGAUCAACCCUGUUCUACACGGCGACGGGGCCGACACAGCUGCGAUCAUUUGAUUUGGAUGAUAUCAUUUGGGAUUUAAGUGGGAAUUUCUAGUGGGGGGGGGCGGGGCGUUUUUGGAUCGGAUCUUGAUGACUUUUUCUUUCUUUUUUUGUUGUUGUGAUAACUAUCUAGAGCUUUACGACACCAUCGUAUUCAGCAGCAUUGACUAACGAACUCAAGACGAACUUGGAAAUAUUGGAAGACUGACAACUUCUGGAAAGAUAUUUAGAAAUUUCUCGAAAUCUUUUAACCAGCCUUCAUGCGCGCGGCUUGUGAGAGGAGAUAUUGGUGCUUGUUUCUAACCCCUCGUUCUCCUCGUUUUCUUAUUUUUUUAGCUUCGUGUCGCCGACAUUUACUGGGCCUCAUCGCCAUUUUCAGCAUCUGUUAAGCCCACCGAUCGCUUGUGCAUGACUACGCCAUCGCCAAAAAGACUUUCGCCGUGCAUGCCUCGAGAACCGAACUAUUUCUUCGAUCUAACUAAAAACCUAUCAACCUUGUAUUAUCCUGACUGACUAUCCUAUACUAAACAGAACCUUCCACCUUGCUAAGAGCCAUUCAAUAUUAGAUUAGAAAUGGUAUAUUAUGAGGAGAUCGGAUUAUAGAUGGUGAUUAUAGAUGGUUACACUUGUCUUUAUGUUGCAAGUGGAUUUGUCGACGUGAAAACGACCUACUAACAUGAUAGAAACCCAUCAUUUGCCAUAACUAGUAACUAAUACAAAUAUCUUUCAUAUACCAAG